AUGGGGGUGCGCCCAGCCGCCGCCCGAGCCAAGCCGCUAGCAGCAGCAACCCAGCCGCGCUGCGCGCCCUCCGCUUCCGCCAAAGCUUCCGCCAACUCUUCCGCUAACGCUUCCGCCAAAGCUUCCGCCAAAGCGUCCGCCGACGCUUCCGCGCGUGAAGCGGGGGGCGGGGCGGCCGGGGGUGUUGUCGGAAGUAGCGGUGCCGGUGCUCCGCGGACCGGCCAGUAUCAAGGCGCGCACCAGCAGUACCAGCAGCAGCAGCAGCAGCAGCAGCAGCAGCAGCAGCAGCCUCACCAGCAGUAUCCGCAGCAGCAGUAUUCUCCACAGCAGCAGCAGCAGCAGUACCAGCAGGGGGAGCAGGAGGAGCAGGAGGGGGAGCAGCAGCAGGAGGCAUGGCAAACCAUGGAAUGCGGCGUACCCGGCACCACGAGCUACCGAAUCAUGUUCUCCACACCAGACGGGCACAUCGUCUCCCCAUGGCAUGACCUCCCGCUCUUCUCCCCGGCCUCGCUCCUCCACUUCAUCUGCCAAACACCCCGAGACUCCGUCGUGGGAUUUGAUCUCGCGUGCUCAGAACCCAACACGCCGCUGCGCCUGAAAAGAGUCCUCCCCCGCACGUCCACCGUAGCGGCAAUGCUGCAGCAGAAGCCUUCCGCGGCGGGGCGUCUCGCCAAGCCGUUUGAAGUCCCCGCACCCUGCAACUGCGGCCUUCUGCCCCAGACCUGGGUGCUCAAACCCGGCGCUUCCGCCGCUGCCGCCGCCGCCGCCGCUGCCGCCGCUGCUGCCGGUGCUACCGGCGGGAUAGGGGACGGGACGGGAGUAACCGCGGCAAACCUAGGCGGGCAGCCAGUGCAAGUGGUAGAAAUAGGCACCAACCCGUCCUGGACCGGGGAGGUGUAUGAGGUGUGUCCGCUGGUGGCGAUUUGUGUGGCCGUGGGGCCGGGGCAGUGGGUGUGGACGCUGGUGACUGUAGCGGCGGAUGAUCCCGAGGCUGCGGAGGUGUGUGAUUAUAUGAGCAAGGCGAGCUUGGAGACUCUGGAGGAGACGCUUGCGGGGAUUCGCGAGUGGUUGGAGGCGUUUUACCACCACCAGCCAGGUGCGGUGCGGUACAGUGCGGUGUGUGCUGCUGCUGCUGCUGCUGCUGCUGCUGCUGCUGCUGCUGCUGCUGCUGCUGCUGCUGCUGCUUCGGCCCGUCGUUAUUCCAUGCCGCAUACCUCCCGACUGAGCACGCCCCUACCCCCAGCAGCGAGCAGCAUAGAGCGAGUGGUGGACACCAAAACAGCCGCGGAAUUCGUGUCUGAGGCGCAUUCCGCCUGGCAGGCCAAGUUCCUCUCACCCCAGACCCUCCCCCACGCGCCCAACCUCCCCCACGCGCCCCUCCCCGCGCCCCCCAUCUCCCCCAUGGGGUAUGGCGGGGCGGGGGCGGCUGGGGGAGCGCCGUUUAGCCCGUAUGGGCGCGGGCAGGGCGCGGGGGGAGGGGGAGGCGGAGGGGGAGGGUUUGUGUUGCCUAGUCCGGGAGCAUAUGGGCGGGGGGGAGGGGGAGGGGGAGGGAUGGGGGGAAACUGGCAGCAACAGCAGAUGAUGAUGCAUGGGGGGGGGAUGCACGGGGGGAAUGCGCAUGGGGGGAACAUUCAUGCGGGGGGAAUGCAUGGAGGGGGAAUGCAUGGGGGUGGGAUGCAUAUGGGCAUGGGUAUGCAACAGCAGCAACAGUACAUGCAGCAAUACGGGGGAAUGGGGAGGGGGAUGGGCGCAGGGGGGAGUUGGGGGAGAGGGUAUGGGGGAGGAAGCGGGGGAAUGGGGGAAUACGGGGAGUAUGGGGGGCAAUACGGGGAGCAAGGGGGGUAUAUGGAUCAGCAGGGGGGGUAUGGGGGAGAGUAUGCAGAGCAAGGGGGGUAUGGGGGACAGUAUGGGGGGGAGAUGGGGGGAGAUGCGUAUGGGGAGGAGAUGGGGGGGUGGGAAGGCGGAUAUGGGUAUGGGGAGGGGGACUAUGGCGGACAGAUGGGCGCAGGGGGGGGGAUGGGGGGCGGAUAUGGUGGAAUGGGGGGAAUGGGGGGGAUGGGGAGAGGAAGGGGGAUGGGGCAUAUGGGGGGGAUGCAAACACCACAGCAGCAGCAGCAGCAGCAGCAGGGGUAUGAGUAUGAAGGGGGGGAGUAUGGGGGAAUGGGGAUGGGGAGGGGGAUGGGCAGAGGCGGGGGGAAGGCCAUGGGGGGAAGAGGGAGAGCGUAUGGGCGGGGCAUGGGCGCACAGGGGAUGGAGGGGAGGGGGAGGGGAUGGAACAACCAGGGGGGAAUGCAAGGGGGAGUGGGGAGGGGGCGGGGCAAUGGCAUGAUGAGGCGGAGCAAUACCACUGGGGCGGCAGGGCUGAGGGGGGAUGGGGGGGGCGGAGAUGGGGAAGGGGAGUUUGGGGAGGGGGCAGGGGGAGGGGGAAGGGGGUUGGGGCGGGGGGGAAUGAUGAGGCCUGGGGCAAUCACUCGGUCGAACACCGCUGGGGGGAGAAUGGAAAUGGAAGGGCCCUAUGGGGAUACAGAGCAUUCAGGCAUGGGCAUGGGCAUGGGGAUGGGGAUGGGGAUGGGGAUGGGGAUGGGGAUGGGGAUGGGGAUGGGGAUGGGGAUGGGGAUGGGGAUGGGGAUGGGGAUGGAAGGGGAGGGGUUGGAAGGGGAGGAAGGGGAGGAAGGGGAGGAUAUGGGGUGGGAGCAAGGGGAAGAGUAUGGUGGGGAAUUUGGUGGGGGAAAUGGGGGCCCCGCAGUGGGCGGGGGAAUGGGGGGGAUGGGGGGAACCGGGGGGAUGGGGGGAGCAGGGGGGGCGGGGGGAGUGGAGUUGAAGCGAAAGAGCUCCCUGAGAAGAAAGCCGGCAGGGGGGAAUGGGGAAGGGGCGGAGGGGGAAGGAGGCGAGGCGAGACCAAAGAGAAGCGUUCGUUUUAACCAAGUGGUGCGAGUGAAAGUGAUCCGGAACCUGAAGGGACGCACAGAGGAGGAGGAGGAUGAGGACGAGGAUGAUGGGGAGGAGGAAGGGGAGGAGGGGGAGGAAGGGGAGGAGGGGGAGGAGGGGGAGGAGGGAGAGGGAGAGGAGGGAGCGGAAGUGGAAGGGGAGGUGGAUGGGGAAGGGGAAGAGGAAGAAGAAGGGGAAGGGGAAGAAAUUUCAGAGAAGGAAAGCCAGUCUUAUUCGGAGGGGAUCAGGGGUGGGGAGGGAAAAAGGAAAGGGAAGGGGAAAGAAAAGGGGAAAGAAAAGGGGAAAGGGAUGGGGAAAGGCAGCGUUUCUGGUAUGUUGGGGCGCGCUGUUUGGAAGAAAGGGGCGGUGGAGGAUGAAGAGGACGAGGAGGAAGAUGAUGGGCGGAAGGAGGAGGAGGAGGAGGAGGAGGAGGAGAAUGAAGAGGAGGAGGAGGCGAGAGAUGGGGUUGCUGGUGGGAGGGAUGGGGCAGCAGGAGCAGCAGCAGCGAUGGGUUUCCCUAUGAGCAACAGUACAGGGCAUAGCCCCCCUAGGUUACCCCGAGCCAAAGCAGCAGGUUCGGCAGCAGGGCUUUCCUCUCGCGGCCGGCAUGGUUUGGCUCGUAGCGGAGGGACAGUGGCAGAGGCGGAAGCUCAGCUAAGGGAGAUGAGACUGGGAGGGAGUGGGGGAGAGUGGGGAGGGGAGGAAAGGGGGGAUCUGGGAGGUGGGUUUGAGAACUCUCCUUCUGCUGUCAAUGGGGAGGAGAGAGGAGGGGAAGAUAGAGGGGGAGAAGGCAGAGGUAGGAAGCUCGGACUAGGACCAGCAGCAGGAGGAGCAGCGGCAGGGGAGGCAGUAGCAGCACCCGUGAGACGCUUGCGGAGGUCGAAAGGUGGGGACAGCAGCAGCAGCGGCGGGAGCGGGCAGAUCUCCCAUUUGAUUGCUGGUGUCUCUAGCAAUAGCAGCAGCAGCAGCAGUGCUGCCAGCAGCCCUUUGGAAGGGCAGGGAGGAGGUGCAGCAGAUGCAGCAGCUGAUGCAGUGGAAGCAGGAGGAGGAGCAGAGGGGGUCACAGAAGGGGAGGGAAGCAGAGAGGCAGCAGCAGGAGAGUCGGCACUGAAGCGAGGGGGGAAAGGGAAGGCCGGCAAGGUCAAUCGACAACCUUCUUUAGGUGGGCAGGGGGAUGGGACGGGUGCUGCUGCUGCUGGUGCUAGUGUAGCAACAGGAGCAGGGGCAGCGGCAGGAGCAGCAGCAAGUGGAGUAGCAGAGGGGGUGUCAUCGCUCCCCCCUGCGGGUGCAGCUGGGGGUGUAAAGAAGAGGAUAGUACGACGGUCCUCCCUAGGUAGUGGAAACUUUGCCGAUGCUCUUGCUUCACCUUCUACUGCUGCUGGUGCUGCUGCUGUAGCAGAUGGGGCCGGGAAUGAGAGCGCUGCAGAUGGGGAGAGCAGGGAGGGUAAGCCUGCGAGAGUGCAGCGAACGGGUAGUGGGAAGGUGAGGAAGAAACAGGGGUCUAUCGGCGGGGCUAGUGACUGGUCAAGCGCAGAUGAAGGGUCUGGUGGUGCUGGUGCUGGUGGCGCUGGUGCUGGUGGUGCUGGUGGUAAGGAUAAGCCAGUGAGGAAACUGAGGAGAGGUAAAGGGUCGUUGGGUAGUGGCAGUAGCAUCGACUUGAGUGGAGCCUUGGGUGGGAGUGGGUAUGGCAGUGAUUCAGGAUCGAGCGUAGCAGGGCUAGAAGGAGCAGGAGGAGUGAGUGGAGGAGGAGCAGGAGGAGGAGGAGGAACGGGAACACCUUCGAAGCCCCGUCUUCGAAAGACCCCGUCUGCUUCUCGUGCCGCUCUUGCAGCAGCGUGUGACGCGCCUCUCCCGCCCCCGCACAGCCAUAGCAAUUCACUUAACCCCGCUUCUACUCCCCCGCCCGCACAUGGAAGUGGGGGGGCGGGAGGAGAGGAGGAGGGAAGAGGGAAGGAAGGAAAAGUAGUAAAGAAGCUGACUAGAAGGCUGUCUGGAGGGAUAGGCAGUGGUGGUGGGAGUGGGAGUGGGAGUGGGAGUGGCAGUGCUGCUGGUAGCAGUCGUGGGAGCAGCAGUGGAUUGAGAGGAAAGAGCAAGAUAAGCAGAGCAGAAGGCGUGUCGGCAUUGCUGCUGGAAGAAGCAUGGGAUGGAACACAGGGGGUUGGGGGAGAUGAGGAGUGGGUGGAAGCUUAG